CUGAGCCGGAGACUCAACAUUUCUUUUUUUAAAUGUUUUUUAAUACAGUUUGUUGUUCUUCUCUUUAUUGUUCUUAUUGCCUUAAGUGAAUGCAAAAACAAUGUAAACGUAUUGCGCAUUGUUUUCAAUUUUAAAAAAACGACAACAACUCGAGCAGACUCAUAACUCUGGCUUUUGUUGACGUCUGCCGGAUAACAGCAGCAGUUCGUACCCGGGUUUGUCCGCCUAUUGUUCAGGUUGCAGGUGUUACAGCUAGCCGGAAAGCUGUCCUAAAUGGGGGUUCGAGUUAAAAGAUGAUCGCUUCACUCUCAAGAGGAAGUUCGCUCGAUGAGGUUCUCCAUCAUGGCAGCGACAAUGAGCAGCAGCUGGCAGCGUACGUCUCCUGGGUGAACUCUCAGCUGAGGAGGAAACCAGGCCUGAAGGCGAUCACAGACCUCAGGCAGGAUCUGCAGGAUGGAGUUGUGUUGGUGCAGCUGAUAGAGGUCGUAGCUGGUGAGGUGCUGGAGGGAGUGUUUACGCCUCCACAAAACAAAGAGGAAAGCAGAAAAAACGUGGAGAAAGUGUUGCAGUUCAUUUCCUCCAGACACAUACGCAUGUCGCACAUAUCCGCAAGAGAUAUUGUCGAUGGCAAUCUGAAAUCUGUAAUGAGGAUCAUUUUGGCCUUGGCGGCCCACUUCAAACCCUCAGCCAGUCAGAGGACAGCUUCUGGGAGUGGGAGGGGCUCCAUAAGAGGCAACACGAGCCACAAUCCUCACUCCACCAUUGCACUCGCUCAGGGGGCCGCCGCUGCGCUGGCGUCGGCUCGACUCGAUGCCUCGCUGUCAACUCACGCCGCACGCAUUAACAGGGCCUGGGGGUCAGACGGAGGGAAGAGUUUGUGCGUCCGUGACUUGGUUCAGCAGUAUGAAAGAGGAGGCCCAGAUGAGCAGAGCAGCUCUCUCCCAAGCAGCUUCAGCUCCGUCAGUUCGCUGUCGUCACCACGAUCUCAGCCGAGCAGCCGCUCAGACGGAGCCCAGCAGGACCAUCACCAACAGGACCUUCACCAUGAGGACCAUCACCUUCAGGACCAUCAGCAUCAGGACUGUCCCACAGAGUCACCUCAUCCUGAAGAGGAGGCAGUGUGGGAGGACUGUCUCGGUGAAACGAUGGAGAGAGAGGUGCAGGAGACCCGCAAGAUGGUCUCUGCUCUACAGUCUCUGCUGCUGAACGGUUCGCUUCCUGAGGACGAGCAGGAUGUGUCUCUAGCUUUGGACACUGGACACGCCGAGCAGCAGCUGGUCGUCAUUCGCAGCCGCUUGGAUCAGAGCAUGGAGGAGGUCAGAGAGCUGAAGAGAGGCUUGCUGCGCUGCAAGCAGGAGGUGAGAAACCUGCAGGGGGUCAAGGAAGCUCAGCAGCAGAGGCUGUGCUCUCAGGAAGCAUCCAUUCUGCAGAUGAAGCAGGAGCUGCUCCGAGCCAGCACYAUGAAGGACCAGCUCAACAACCAGAACGCUGAACUUCGGUGGAAACUGGAGGAAAGUAACAGACUGUGGGCUGAAUGCAAGAAAGACGUCGCYCUGAAGGACAGAUUACUUCAACAAAUCAAGCAAAAGCUUGAAGAAAGCCAAAAACAACAGACUGAACUGCAAAGAGAGUUUGAGCGUAAUAACAGCAUGCUGCAGGAACUAAUGAGCAGAAAUCUGAGAGAGGCCUCGACCAGCCCAGACAAUAAUGGAUAUUCUUACUUAGGAACGGCAGCUCCUUCUGUGUCAGGACAGGCAGAGGAGGUCCAGCUGCUCAGAGAUUCACUGAGGAGUCUGAGGAACAACUUCCUGGAUCACGACCCACAGCAGCACACCCUGGACACGCUGGAGCAAGGCAUCGUGUCGCUCAUCGACAGGCUGCACGCUCGGCACACGAACAGGGCAAGAGGAAAAUCUCCAAGACGCAAAGGUCAGCAUGCAGAGCUGGACUCCUGGCCUUCCACCACGAUUUGUCCGUCUCACAAUAGUUCCUCUUCCUCGACUAAAAUCCUUUAUUUUACUGGAAAAAGUCCGACACCCUCCAUGAUCAACAUAGCCAAGAGGCUCGGCGAGGUGACGCUCAAAGAUGUYAAGGCAGCUGUUGAUCGAGAGGGAAACUACAGAUAUCAUUUCAAAGCCCUGGACCCAGAGUUUGGCACCGUGAAAGAGGAGGUCCUCCUGGACGGGGCGGUCGUUCCGGGCUGGGAGGGGAAAAUAGUGGCGUGGCUGGAGGAGGAUCGUGGUGAGGAGAGACCCUUGUAGCAACAAGAAUUAUUUUAUUUAUUUAUUUUUUGCUCCUUGUUAUCCUGAUCCCAGAGGCACAUAAAGCAACAGUUUGACUUUUUGUAAGCCAGCUUUGAGCACGAUAAUGUUCUGGUUUAUUGACUGGUACUAGUCCAGUUUAGUAGCCCUGUUCACUGCAAAGCCUUUGCCUGACAAAGAAAAGUAGUUUCUCCUUCCUAUUCUUAUCACUGUAGGGUUUUAGCUAAAAUAUCAAAAUUAUUCAGUCAAUAGAGGUGUUCUACUAAAGCUUCAGGGCUGCACGGUGGAGCAGUGGUUAGAGCUGUCACCUCCCAACCUUAUACAUUUUCUCCCUGUGCKUAUGUGGGGUUUCUCCUGGUAUUUUGGUUUCCUCCCACAGACCACAAACAAACCAACAUGUWAGCUCAACUGGUAACAUAAAAGUGUUGCUACGUCAGAGUGAUUGGUUGUCUCUGUGAUGGACUUGMCUCCAGCUCCCCAAGACCCAGAGAGAAGAAGCAGAAGAAACUCAAACUGAAUUUAAAAUAAAUGCUGCAGAUUCUAGUGCUUAUAUGUAAAGAUGUAAAAAAAAAUUAACUUUUUUUAAAUUGUUUUCACCGUGUUAUUUUUAAAAUAUUGGCAAAUGUUUUUUGAUUUAUUUGUUUUGAAAAGAGAUUAAAUAAAAAUCCCUUUGUUUACUUUUAAAACUGUUAGAUCUAAAUUGUAUUACUGUUUUAGAAAUGUUUGUUUAGUAACAGUAGCCCAUCAUUAUUUAUGGUUUGUGUUUUGUUAGCAUAAAAACAAAUCACGGUGCUUGUUAGACUGUUACAUAUUAAUUUUUCCUUUUUUUCCCCCCAAACCUAGAUCAAUAUUGUCUUUACUAAAGUGCCAACAAGAGUAUUUUAGUUUAGUGUUUUUUCCCAAUACCUUGACAGCUCUAAAAUAUACAAUUUACUAGUSAAUUGUUAUUUUGCACUUAGGUUGUUACACUGAAUUUUGUUUAUAAAACAUGGAUACUGUGUGAUUUGGAAAGUAAUAUAGAAGACUUGGCUUUGUUGAAUGUUUGACAGAUAUUUUUGAAAUAAAGCAUUUUUUAUUCCAGUU